UUUAAUAUGGGAGCCCGGAUUCAGUAGAUAAACAUGGAACAUGAAUUAGAGAGGGGCAAGCUGUCACCUUGAACAAAUCUGUGACAAGUUCUGGCACAUCUGGUUUAUGAAGAGCUCUCAGAAAUUGCUAGGCAAUAGAUAGAAAUGAAAUCAUGCAGCAGGAGAUACGGCCGCUGGUUGCAGUGGAUAUAAUAGAACAGCUACACAGACAAUUUGCUAUCUUGUCAGGAGGAAGAGGGAAGGAUGGAGCACCAAUUAUUACCUUCCCAGAGUUUGCAGGAUUCAGUGAAAUACCCGAUGAGGAUUUUCUGAAUGUGGUCACGUACCUAACCAGCAUUCCCAGUCUGGAGGCUGCCAGCAUUGGAUUCAUCAUCAUCAUAGACAGACGACGAGACAAAUGGAGCGCAGUCAAGGCAUCCCUGACACGGAUAGCAGGAGCAUUUCCAGGAAACCUGCAGCUGGUGUUUGUCCUGCGUCCCUCACGCUUUAUCCAAAGGGCAAUUGCUGACAUUGGCAUUAAACUCUAUCGAGAUGACUUUAAAAUGAAGGUACCGAUCAUCAUGCUAAAUUCUGUCUCUGAUCUUCACGGCUAUAUUGAUAAAUGUCAGCUGACCCGGGAGCUGGGAGGAACCCUGGAGUAUGGCCACAGUCAGUGGAUACAUCACCGAACUGCUAUUGAAAACUUUGCAAUGACAGUGAAAACAACAGCACAGAUGCUACAGACCUUUGGAACGGAUUUAGCAGAGACUGAACUUCCCAAUGAUGUGCAGUGUACAGAGGAGCUCCUAUCUGCACACACUGACCACCAUAGCAAGCUCAAGGAUGAGCUGAAACUAGCUGUGAAGCAGGGGGCCACAUUACUGACGUGCAUUAGGGAGCCAGUCACCCGAAGUGCCAACAGCAAACUCAGUCCUGAUGAACUGGAAAAUGUGGCAACAGUGGAAAGGUUGUUGGCUCAGUUGGAUGAAACAGAAAAGGCUUUUGAUCAGUUUUGGACCAAGCAUCACCUGAAACUAGAACAAUGCUUGCAGCUUCGACACUUUGAACAUGAUUUUAGAGAAGUAAAAUUAACAUUGGAUAAUCUCAUGGAAGCACAAGCAGGCUUUUCUGACGUUGGAGACAGUGUGACUCGAGUAGAACACCUCCUAAGGGAACAGAAACAACUGGAAGAAAAAGGACAGGAACCUUUGGAGAAAGCCCAGACUCUAGCUCUCCAUGGAGAACAGCUCAUCCAAAACAACCAUUAUGCAGUUGACUCCAUUAGACCAAAGUGUGUUGAACUCAGGCGUAUUUGUGAUGACUUUACUAAUGAGACCAAGAAGAAGUACGAUAUUUUGGGGAAGUCUCUUGAGCUGCACAAGCAAUUAGAUAAGGCAAGCCAAUGGUGUGAAGCUGGAAUCUACCUCUUAGCUUCCCAAGCUGUGGACAAGUGCCAGUCACAAGAGGGAGCUGAAACUGCACUCGUUGAAAUAGAGAAGUUCUUGGCAACAGCAAAGGAGCAUCAACUCUCUAACCCAAAGGAGUUCUACAAUCAGUUUGACACGAUUCUCACACCCGAAAUAAAGGCCAAUGCCCAAAGGAUUUUACAAAAACUAGAAGAUGUACAAGAAAUGUUUGACAAGAGGCAAGUGAGUCUGAAGAAGCUAGCAGCCAAACAGACCCGACCAGUACAACCUGUUGCCCCACAUCCUGAAUCUUCCCCGAAACGAGCAUCACCAAAAACUACCAGACCAGCAGGAGUAGCUACCAACAGGAGGUCUGCAGAAAUCACUUGUCCUCCCAAGUCCAUCUCUGAGGCAGAGUUAUCAAAAAAGAAAAGCAUUAAGAAGACCAAAGGUGGAAUUAAGAUUGAAGUGAUGCACGAAGCGAGUCAAGGGGGAUCGAGCAGAGUCUUGGUUAUGAGUGAAAGCGAUGAGAACCUGUCGACGAGGAGGAGCCACAUAAUCAAUGAGCUGAUAGAAACCGAGCGUGUUUAUGUGGAAGAACUUCAAAGCAUAAUAGAGGGCUAUGCUUCAGAAAUGGACAAUCCAAGUUUAUUACAUCUGAUUCCAUCAAUGCUCCAGAACAAGAAGGAUAUUCUAUUUGGAAACCUCCCAGAAAUCUAUGAAUUCCACAACAGGAUUUUCCUCAAAGAGUUAGAAGAUUGCAUUGAAAAUCCUGAGCUCCUCGCCCAAUGCUUUUUGAAAAGGAAAGAGGACCUCCAAAUAUAUGAAAAAUACUGUCAGAACAAGCCAAGGUCUGAAGCUCUCUGGAGACAGUGUGGAGACAGCAUCUUUUUUCAGGAAUGUCAGCGUAAAUUGGAUCAUAAGCUCUCGCUAGAUGCGUAUCUUUUAAAGCCGGUCCAGAGAAUCACCAAGUACCAGCUGCUAUUAAAGGAAAUGCUGAAAUGCAGCAAGAAUUCAGAGGGUACUGCUGAACUGGAAGAGGCCUUGGCCACAGUGCUUGAUAUCAUCAAAUCCGUAAAUGACUCCAUGCACCAGAUCGCAAUCACAGGAUACGAGGGGGACGUAAGUGAGCUUGGUAAGCUGUUGAUGCAAGGUUCCUUCAACGUGUGGACUGACCACAAGAAGGGUCACAACAAGGUGAAGGACUUGGCAAGAUUCAAACCAAUGCAGCGACACCUCUUUCUCUACACAAAGAUGCUGCUUUUUUGCAAGAAACGAGAGGAGAACACUGAUGGUCAUGAGAAGACAGCUUCAUACAGCUUUAAAAAUUCAUUAAAGAUGAGCACAGUGGGCAUCACAGAAAAUGUAAAAGGAGAUAACAAGAAGUUUGAGAUCUGGUAUAAUGGUAGAGAAGAAGUCUAUAUCAUCCAGGCAUCUUCUGUUGAGCUGAAAAACACCUGGAUUUCUGAGAUACGCAAAGUUCUAACAGGACAACUGGAAGCAUGUAGAGAAGCAAGUCAACUACACCAAAGAAUCACUGAAAGUGUGUACCAUGCACCAAUGAAUUCCUCCAAUAUAGCCAGGUAUAGCAGAAAGUCAUCAAGCAUAUAUGAAAACAAAUCCGAGACAUCAAACGUGGAAGCAUCUAACAAUAAAAACAGGAAUUCCAGUCCCAGUGCCAGACAAAAGAGAGUUGAUGCUUCCACCAGCCUUAACCUUGAGCGCACAGCGCUUGCUAGAAAGCGAUUCACAUUGCAAGGUCUUUCCAACCGCAGAGCUCCACCCAAAGAUCCAGAAUCUAAGGAAAGAGAAGUUGCCCGUCGCUUUUCCCUAGCCUCCUCCAUCAGCACCACAGUUAAUGCAUCUGCUGUGACCAAAGGUCCCCUUGUUCCUGCAGUUAAAGUCAAGAGACAUGAAAUAAAGAGUGACCCAACUCCCCUGGGGUUUGAAGAUGCUUUUGAGAACACCAUAUUGGCCCAGACUAAAUGUAGCACUGGUUCUACCACAAGACCCGUACCUAGAUCUGCUUCACAGACAGGUUGGCCCAGUAGGCAAAUGCCAUCUCUAGACACAUUUGAAGAUUUCGAAGCCAUUCCUUCCAGCAUGGAUGAACUCUCCAACUCUUCAGACAUGGAGGAAGAAACCAAUCCUAACAAUGGGACCAAUCUUUUUCGAGUAGAAGGCAGUUUUGACAGCUGUUUCCCAGAUUCUCUUACACUUGAGGAUGGAGAUCUAGUGCAGUUUGUGCAGGAAGGAGAAAAUGGGCAAUGGUUAGUGAAGAAAUUGGUCUCAGAGAAAAGUGAGUGGGUUCCUUCCAGUAUAUUGCAGCCAGCAGAGGGGGACACUAACAACAUAAUUAAGAACAGCAAUGCAGACACAUACAAUGAUUCCUGCAGCACGGCUUCGGUUGAGUCGGACACCAAGGAGUGUGAGGUGGCUAAAAGCUUCCCAGCAGAACAGAGGGCUGGCAGCUGAAUGGCAGGACAGGCCUUCCUCAGGACCCUCUCCAUCUCCUUGUUUAUUUUGGGUUGACACUGGAUCGAAGUUGCCUUUCUCACAAGCUCUGAGGUUCAUAAUUCUCUGAAACUUCAUUAACGUGGACAGAUGAGAGGAAAAACAAACUUGAGGAACAUUAAACAUCCAGACAACAUCAAGAACCAUCUUCAGUAUUAGAGGAGAAAAAUGCUUCUUGCAUUGUUUAUCAAACUGUUUCAGAAGAUGUGGCCUAAAUUAGGUCGACAGCAGAGCUGAAGAGUUACUAUGCACGCACCUUUUGGCAACUUUCCUUGAACACCGAGUUACUGCAGAGGGACACAUACAUGGUUUUGAGUUCUUGCUCUACCAUGGGUCACUUGGAGGUUUUUCCAUUUGCUUGCCUCAGUAGCUGUGCCUUCCCCACCCUCCUUAACUACAGCUAAUAGAUCACAAAUGUGCCCUUUUUGCUGAUGGUCAUCACCAAAACAGUCACACUUUAGACUGGAUGUAGAAAGAAAACUUCUGACUUGGACUAUCAGAGAGGCUUCAUGCAGGAAUGGCACAGUGAGCAAGCUGCUGCAUUCAGCAUUAGUUUGAGAUAAUGCAGAUGGCAACGUGAUACAAGGUGGAGAUGCAGUUCUUAUCCAAGAGGCAAAGAACAAAAGGCAUUGUGACAGCUACUGUGACACAGAACAUUUCUAAGUCUUUUCACAACAUAAGUCACUCCUCUGCGCCCUCUGCAGUCUGUGGUUGCUGGUUCACAAUCCUUUGCGUUUGGUGCCGAGAAUUCAAAUGAAUGCCAUUUAAUGUCAUAUGUUUGAGUAGACUGCAUGCUUUCUUUUUGUGCUGGGCUAUGGAGUAGAUACAUUUCAUUCCCCAUAUGGAAUAUAUCUAAGCAUCACAAAUAGACAGUGAGCAUUAGGUGCUCCAAUGAGUGGGUAAAGUGUUGGUGUUAAAUACUUAUUUCCAGGACGUUUGGUUAUAGGGUUCUACCAAAUCUCUGCCACAUAGGGAUGUAAUGUACUAUAUGAAGUGAUUACAGAUUUUAUUAUUCCUUUACAAGCCAUUAGCUCAUUUAGAGCAUCUGUUAAGGCAUGAAAGCAUUUUGAUGGCAAUUGGAUCUUAGGUCCCACAAAAGCUGCUAGUAUUUUAGUUAAGAUUAGAAUUGACAAAGGGUUGCAAGCCAGUAAAGAUCAGACAGGAAUAAAUGACCCUAGGAGCUCAAGAAUUGGCUUUUACUGUUAGAGAUUUUCUGUUUAACCCUAAGAGUAGUGAUGCUCUAUGUAAAUAAUGAAGGGGACAAAAACACUAAAAAUGGAGAUGAAGCAAAACCAAAAAUCACUCCUUGGCAAAAUAGUAAGAGUCUGCAACAUUUCUGUUAUCCUCUUUGCAGGAAUCUGAACAUUUUUCUUUGUGUUUCAGUGAAGGCUGGUAUUGCAAAUAUCUUAGUGUGUGAGUCAGGAUAGCUGUGAAGCAAGUAAAUAGUCCCAUUCAAGAAAAAGCCUCAAAGUAAGUAGAUAAAGGUUUAUUCAGAUUAUUAUUAUUUGCCUGUGAAGGAUUACUAGUUAAUUAUUAGUUGCACUGUGGUAGUGAAUUCCCAUGAAUAAUGUUCUUCUGACCCUCAAUAUCUAAACUUUGUGGUUUCUAAUGGUUUUUAUUCAUGACAAAAGGAUUUGAGACUUCUGUACCUUUUUCAAAGCCAAUGUUGUCCUACAGAGAUAAGAGCUUGUACAUUUUGUGCUGGUCGUUUACCUUAAAAAUGACCUGUAGGCUCCCAGGAACAUGACUCCUGUUAAAGUCUGUUGAAGGUAUGAGCACCUUGAGGGAAGAACUGAUUCCUUUCAGUCCCCCCC